AUGUCUGGCACUCAUCCCGCCAAAAAGCGCCGCACCGAGACCUGGUCUCCCGAUCGCUCGGCUCGUGGGCUACCACCACCCUCAAAUAGGGACUUCUCGAACCAACGCGAUCAGAGGUCUUACAAUCGAAAUGGGAGGCAGUCCUACCGUCCAUCCACAUCCAACAGUGAUCGUACCUCUGCGCCGAAGUCAAAGCCUUACUCCAGAUCAUACCAGCCUCAUGGCCAGAACAAUGCCCACACCACCAGAUCCCGCAAAUCAAACCCCUCCACGCGCAUCCGCUCUCUUCGUAAGCAGCUUGCGCACGCCUCAGCUGCCACGCUGCCAGCCAACAUUCUGAUGGAAAAAGAGCGGGAGCUCCAGUAUCUAAUAGAUACGCAGGCACAGGCUAAGUCAUCUGGCCGCGCAGGUCGUCCGGCGGGCACUGGUGUAAAUGGUGCGAAAGUUGCGAAAAGAGGUACGAAGGAAAAGAAGAUGCUUGGAAAAUAUCACAUGGUGCGCUUCUUUGAGCGUAAGAAGGCUGAGCGAGAGCUGAAGAAGGCACGGAAAGCGGUCGCCGCACUAGAAGCUGAGGCCGAGGGCGGUUUGGGAGAAAUGGAUGACAAGGAGGCCUCAGCGAGUGAUAAGAAGCACAGAAGCAUGAAAGAGCUAGCCGAUGAGGUCAGGGCAAGGGAGACAGACCUCCUCUACUGCAUCUACGCGCCGCUGGGUGAGAAGUACAUCAGUCUCUUCGCCGGCACUGCGGGUGCUCCUUCGCGGGAAAAUAAUCCUACCGAAGCGCCUACAUCGGACAAGAAGCGCAAGGCAGACAUGCUCGAGGCCCGCGUGCAGAACCCUGAGGUCGUCAGACUCAACACCCGCUCCAAUGCAUCUGAAUCGGACGACUUCCGACCACCCCACUGGCAUGCAGUGCGUGCAAUCCUUGACACGAGCACAGCCGAUCCUUCGGCAGGAACAAAAAAGGAACCUGAUGAGCAAGACGUCGGCGUCAUGCAGGUCCCCGCCGACAACGACGCCUGGACAUCCGUGGCUGUAACUGAGGCUCAACUUCAGAAACUCGAUGCACUGAGGGAAAGGCAGAACGCUGCUGGCGACGAUGCUGCUCACGCGGAUCUGGCGGUCAGAGCCAGAAUUUCUGAAGCACGGCCUACCUGGCAGCAGGAGACGGACGCGCCCAUCGACCCCGCUGACGCGGACGCGGCAAGCGACGAUGACGACCAUGGCGGCAUGGCGCUGGAUGCAGGGGAGGCGAGUGAGAGUGAUGGCGAUGGCGGCUUCUUCGAGCGGUAG